CAGAGAGACAGACAGAUUUGAGGGACAGUGUGAGCGGUUGACAGGCGGACAGCGGACUCGGUCAGUGUGGAUGAUACCCGGCAGAAGAUUCUCGACGCGUUGGUUGAAACUGGUCGAGGUGUGAUGCCUGAAGGAUCUCACAGCUCCUCCAAUGACGUCCGGAUGGAUGAAGAGUCCUCCCGCCUGUCCACUGCCUCCAUCAGCAGUAAUGAACGUGCUCCCUCUGCCACGCCCUCCGACUCCUCCGACCGCCGCCCGGUGAGCCUGAUCUCCACGCUGUCCUCCGGGUCCGGAUCCUCCCGAGACGACAACCUCGUCCCGCCGCAGUCCGCCCGAACCCCCGACCUGGACUUGGACCUGAGCCCUGCAGGGGGCGCUGCAGACGGUGAGGGGGGGUCGUGGCCACGCCCCGAGCCUGACAGAAGGGGGCAGGGACUCGGCCUGAUACACAACAACAACAAAGAGUUCACGCCGAGUCGGGCUUCGAGCCGCCGCCUGCAGACGUCGCCGUUCAUAGCCAGAAGCAUGGCACCAAACCCUCAGCUGACCUACCUGGACCGGGUCGUCAUGGAGAUCAUCGAGACGGAGAGGAUGUACGUCAGAGACCUGCGCAUGAUUGUAGAGGAUUACCUGGCUCACAUCAUCGAUCAGUGCGACCUGUCGAUCCGUCCCGAGCAGGUCUGCUCUCUGUUCGGAAACAUCGAGGACAUCUACGAGUUCAACAGCGAGCUGCUUCAGGAUCUCGACCUGUGUGACAACGACCCCGUCGCCGUGGCCAGGUGCUUCGUCAUGAAGAGCGAGUACUUUGAGAUCUACACACAGUACUGCACCAACUACCCAAAUUCGGUUGCAGCGUUGACGGAGUGUAUGAGGAAUAAAUCUCUGGCAAAGUUUUUUCGGGAACGUCAGGCAUCACUGAAGCGCUCACUGCCACUCGGUUCAUACCUGCUCAAACCAGUUCAGAGGAUCCUCAAAUACCACCUGCUGCUCCAGGAAAUAGCGAAGCACUUUGACCCGGAGGAGGAGGGGUAUGAGGUGGUGGAGGAGGCCAUCUACACCAUGACAGGAGUCGCCUGGUACAUCAACGACAUGAAGAGGAAACACGAACACGCCGUCAGACUGCAGGAGGUUCAGUCUUUGCUGCUGAACUGGAAAGGUCCGGACCUCACCACGUACGGAGAACUGGUUCUGGAGGGAACCUUCAAAGUUCAUCGGGCUAAAAACGAGAGAACGCUCUUCCUGUUCGACCGCAUGCUGCUCAUCACCAAACGCCGCGGCGAGCACUACGUGUACAAGACGCACAUCUCUUGCUCCACUCUCAUGCUGAUUGAAAGCGCCAAAGACUCUCUGAGCUUCAGCGUGACUCAUUACAAACAUCCCAAACAGCCUCACACUGUCCAGGCAAAGACGGUGGAAGAGAAGAAGCUGUGGGCUCAUCACAUCAAACGCAUCAUUCUGGAAAACCACCACGCAAUCAUCCCACAGAAGGCUAAAGACGCCAUCUUGGAAAUGAAUUCCAUCUAUCCUCCCAGGUAUCGCUACAGUCCUGAACGGCUGAAGAAAGCUCUGUCUUGUCAUUCUGAUGAGCUUCCACAAGAUGGUCGUCAGGGGCGACGACAGUCAGAGCCGACCAAACAAAUACUGAAGAGCAGCAAAGCCGUCUUAAAGCACUCAGACAGCGAGGGGGUGUUACCGGGGGACAGACGCCCUCUGCAGGCCGUCAGCAGCAGCAGCACGCUGGCCUCCAGCCUGGCCGAGUCCGGGGCUGACCCGGCCACCGAGGAGGACGAGGACGAGGAGGAGCUCGGCAGCAGGAAGGGCUCGCCGGAGCGACUGAUCUGCAGCGAGGAAGAGGAGGAAGAGGCGGGGCAGAGGGCUGCAGAGGACGGCGAGCCGGAGGUUCUGCCUGAGGACAACCAGGUAGACGACUUCGCCAGCUCCGUGCUAGCUGCCAUCUCCUGCUGGCACUACAGGGUCGUGGUGACGGAGGCAGAGGAGGGCGCCGUCUCUUCUAACGGCUGUAACAAAGAAGAUGGACGACUUCCUGAAGAAGACCAGCCAGGUGAAGCUGAGCAGGCCUCCACAGAUGAGUCGCCACAGGAAAAGUCUGCACCGACAGAAAACCCUGAACCAGAACCCUUCUCUGAUCCAGAAAGUUUGCCCGCUACGCCUCCCAGGGUCUCAGUGUCCCCUCAAAGUUCAGAAGAACUGAAACCUGAAAGAGAUCCAGAGCACAUAGAGAAACCAUCCUCUGCCACGCCUGAUUCAGAUUCAAAAGCCUUGAGUAGCGGGGAAUCCUCCGAGGACGAGGAGGUACCGGAGAAAGAGGGUGAAGCCAUGAGCAUCCUGCCUUCCUCUGUCCUGGACAAAGCCAGCGCCAUCGCUCAGCACUUCACCAACAGCAUCAAACGAGGCAGCCUGGUCCAGGAUGACGCCUGCUCCCUCAGCUGUGCUUCACCACGUCUACCGAGCAGGACCGGCAGCAGUCUGAGCCUCAGCGCCGAACCCACUGACCGACCUUUGCGACUCAACAGUGUCUGUUCGGAUCCUGCAGAGACCUUCAACGUAACGGAUUUAACCCUGCUCUCUCCUCGGGACGACAGCCUGUUUGAUGCUGACAGAGGCAUUCGGCGGAGGCGGGACUCCACCCUGUCCAAGCAGGACCAGUUACUCAUCUGCAAAAUCAGGAGUUACUAUGAGAACGCAGAGAAUCAGGAUGCCUCCUUCAGCCUCCAGCGCAGAGAGAGCCUGACAUACAUCCCGACUGGACUGGUCAGGAGCUCUGUCAGCCGGUUAAACAGCAUCCCAAAGGAUGAAACCAUCCAACCAAAUCCCUCCACUGUGACCACGUCUUCUAGUCUUGACCCCUUUUCAGCGGAGUUAAACUCAGCUUUAAACAGAAACACAGAUCCAGAAGAUUCAGGAGAAUGCCAUGGGUCCAUAUCUCAAAGUGUGCAGGACAAUCCAUACGAGGAUGAAGAGUUCAGACCUUCAUCUGAAAUGAUCAAGAUCUGGCAGACAAUGGAGCGAGAGAUCACCAGAUCCCAGAGCGAAGACAAAGGGCGCGAACGAUAUCGAGAAGCUCCAAGAAACCCCAAAGCUACCAGCGUCGGCAUUCCCGUCACGACGAAGACCUCAAACAAAAGCUGCGACCGAGAGAGCGGAGCAUCUGACCUCAGCACCAUCACGGAGGAAUCCACGAGUCCUUCGCCCCUCAAACACAAAGCUUCUGGAGUCAAUCAGACAGGAAGUCUGAAGGAAUCGCCGAAGGUGUUCGGGGAAGAGGCGGUCGUCCGUAGGGCUCCAGCUCCUCGAGUCGCUCAGCUGAAGGCCGAGGCAGAGGGGCAGAGGCCGAGAGAGGAUUCAAACCAGCUGGAUGACGUAGACACGACGAAGAGCAAAGUCCUCCAUCUUGCUCGUCAGUACAGCCAGCGAAUCAAAACAACCAAGCCGGUGGUCCGACAGCGGAGUCAGGGUGUUCUGAUUGGCAAGAAGAGCCUGCCCUGUGUGCUGGAGGAGAAGGAGAGUGCAGGUAAACCCAACCUGACUCUACCGCUGGUUUCUAAUAACCAGGCAACCUCUUUACCACUGAGCCCCGUAGACCAGAUCCGAUCUCCAACCUCGGGCCUCACAUGCAGCUCGGUGAACAGCUCGAGGGUGGUCUUCCCGGGUCGGGCUCGCUCCCGCAGCCCCCUCAGCCCCCCUCAGUCCUCUUCCAUCGAGAGCUUUAACUGGCCCGACGUCCGAGAACUCCGCUCCAAAUACUCUGACCACGGUCAGAAGAGCCCAGCAAGUCGGAGUUGCUCUGUUCCGGGGCAGAUGUUCGAUGGGGGUCUGAGGAGGCAUUCCAGCUGCUCCUCCAGCUUCUUCCUCCCAGAUGGAGCUUCCGGGGAGGUUCCUUCGUACAAACCUCAUGGUACCUGGGAUGCCAGCCGAGAGGAGCGCAGAAAGCGGCUUCACAGAGCCAACUCUCUGGACCCUCGGCUGAGCGAAGCACAAAUGAGUGAGCUGCACAGACUCCAGGACCAGGUCGCUAAUGGCAACCACAACGGUUACUAUGUCGCAGCUGAGGCGCUGCUACCGAACAACCCCAAACACCAGAUCAUCGUCAUGGAGAAGGUUCUAGAGCCGGAGUCGGAGCCUGCUAAAGAAGAAGAUGAAGAAGGGGAAGACAACUAUGUUCAGAUCCGGUCACCGACCAGCAGGGAGAAGAUCUCUAUCAUGGCCGUCAUUGACCGCUGCCGGGUCUAUCAGGAGUCUGACGAAUACAAACAGAGGGAGGAGGCGAAAGCCAAAACUGAGCUGGCGAGGCCUCAAGAGCUCGACACCACGGCGGCGUCCUCGACCGAUCGGGACGAGGAGUCCAAGAAAUCGAGUCCAAACUCUGGACAGAAGACAGCCGCCGGUCAGCAGAGCAUUGUGAGAAAUCUGAGAGAAAAGUUCCAGAGCCUGAGCUGAAUAACCAACACUGUAAAACCCGGUUGUUGAACCAGUCGUGUGAGUUAAAACGUGUUUUAACUCUGAGCAGCGAGCAGAUCAGCCUGUCAGAGUUUUCCCAACAAAACAAAUUCUACAGCCAGAAAGGAUAAACUCUGCUCUAUUUCCUGCCAUUAUUUAAGAAUUAUUUGUAAUUAUUCUAAAAGUUAAUUUGAUUUGGCAGCUUGUCAUUUUGAGUUCACGCCAGAAAAUGUGUAAAUGUGGAGAUCAUGAAACAAUAAAGAUGAUAAAGACGUUCUCAAGAUCCAAAAACACCAUCAUGAGAUUACAAGAUCUUCCCCCGGUCUCCUUUCUGGCAUUUUGUAGAUAAAUAUCUAAAUAUAUGUAAAUAUCUUUAUACAUUAAGGACAAAUUAUUAUCAGUCAGAUUAUUUGUUGAAGCUCCUUUUUGUACAGGAUGUUCUUUGUGUUCUGGGAGUUUCUCCUCGUCAGUCGUUCUCAGUGUCUCAAACAGACACGAAGAAAUCUGUCUUCUUAUCGUCGUCUUCUCAUGAUACAACAGAAACUUUAACGCUCCAUCAUUUAGACUGAGCCUCGUCUGUGUGGGUUCCUGCUAUAAAACACUAACCACUACAUUUUACCUCUCACUACUCGACAUUGCAGCUCGUUAUUUUUAAAUCAAGGGAACAGUUCAACACCUCGAUGAACUCACUAAUUCUCCAGAGUCACGUGUUUCAAGUGCAUCAGUUCAUGUCUGUGGAUCCAGUAGAGAGACAGAUCUACUCCAACCUUCUCCACAGUUUGACUUCAGAAUCAUAAUGACCCAGAUUACAAAAGAGUUGGGACACCUUGUAAAAUAAAUAAACCAGAAUGUGAUAAUGUGUGAUCUUUUUUUGACAUAAACUGACCUGGAAACAGCACAAAGUCAAUAUAUUUACUGUCUGAGCUCAUCAGCUUCAGUGAUUUCUGUAAAUAUCUGCUGAUUCUGGAUCUGAUGC